AAUACCAAGGCAUGGCGAAAGAUUUCUCUGUAUUUCAUUACGUGUUACAAAAUUCAAAGCAUUAGCAGAAAUUGAAGGACAACUGAAUCCAUUUAUUCGUCGCUUGGCUGUCUAGGUGCCCGCCUAGAACCCAGCCCAACAGUUUGGCAUUUAUUACUCCUAUCUGGCGAGGUACGUCAUCACCGUCAGGCCUGAUUCUAAGCAGGAUAAAUCUUCUCUGUAAGCUGGCAGCAUCGCGCUUUACCUUGAAGCCAAGAAGCAUGCCUCUGCCAAGCCGAGCAAGGAUGUACGUGGAUGCAAAUACGCACCGUCCACGGGAGUACUGGGACUAUGAGUCUCAUGUAGUGGAGUGGGGGAAACAGGAAGACUAUCAGUUGGUACGGAAGCUGGGAAGAGGAAAAUACAGUGAAGUGUUUGAAGCCAUAAAUAUCACAAAUAAUGACAAGUGUGUAGUCAAAAUCCUGAAGCCAGUAAAAAAGAAGAAAAUUAAGAGAGAAAUAAAGAUCCUAGAGAACCUGAAUGGUGGAACGAAUGUUAUCACGCUAUUAGCUGUAGUAAAGGAUCCAGUGUCCAGAACACCAGCUCUAAUAUUUGAGCAUGUCAACAAUACAGAUUUCAAGCAACUCUAUCAGACAUUAACAGACUACGAUAUCAGAUUCUAUCUCUAUGAACUUCUGAAGGCUCUGGAUUUCUGUCACAGCAUGGGUAUCAUGCACAGAGAUGUAAAACCACACAACGUCAUGAUUGACCACGAAAACAAAAAGUUGAGACUCAUUGACUGGGGACUGGCAGAAUUCUAUCAUCCUGGCCAGGAGUAUAAUGUGCGCGUUGCGUCGCGGUAUUUUAAGGGACCAGAGCUCCUCGUUGACUAUCAGCAGUACGACUACUCACUUGACAUGUGGAGUUUGGGUUGUAUGCUGGCCAGCAUGAUCUUUAGGAAAGAACCCUUUUUCCAUGGACAUGACAAUUAUGACCAGCUCGUUCGCAUAGCAAAAGUUCUCGGCACGGAGGAGUUGUACGAGUACAUAGACAAAUACCAGAUCGAGUUGGAUCCUAGGUUCAAUGACAUCCUCGGCAGACACUCGAGGAAAAGAUGGGAGCGGUUUGUGCACAGUGAGAAUCAGCACCUCGUGAGCCCCGAGGCUCUCGACUUCUUGGACAAGCUACUACGCUACGAUCACCAAGAGCGCCUCACGGCUAGAGAAUCCAUGGAGCACCCAUAUUUUUACCCGAUAGUAAAGGAUCAAGGACGCAUGUCCGGCCACAGCUCACCCACAUCUAUGUCCAGCUCUGUAGGAGCUCCAGGCAUGCCCGUCGGGGCGGUGGGCAUGGUCUCCGGCUCGCCAAUCAUGACCAGCGGUGUCGGCGGCAUGCAGAAUCCGGGCACCGCGCAGGCGCAGUCGUAACCACAAUACUCCUGGAACCUCCACCUCCACCACCACCACCGUUACGAUGACAGCGGCCACCACCAGCAGCUGCUACCUCGCCCUCGAAGACUGUGUACAUCACCGUUCGAUGAGACGGCGGGCCCGUCGAGGGAAUGCGGAACGAGACUUGCGGAUUCACGUGGCGGUUUUCGUAACCGAACGCGUAUUGGUUUUUCGCUUUGGUUGGACGCUCUCAGGAAUGUUCCUGUACUGUACGCGGUGUCGCGUCCGGAUGCGGCUAGUGUGGCGGGAAUGCUCCUGGUCCGUACCUGCGUUGCCCACGCUGCAUCCAUCAUUGCGUAACGUUUACAGGAUCCAUCCAGCAUCGUUCGUGCUCAGUUCCCGCGUGUUUAAGGACGUCCUUCGAUCCGUGUCCGCCGCUGCAGGAUUUUGUCUGAAUUUUACACGCAGCGGAAUUUUCCCGUCUCCCCUGUGGACCCGCCCUAGUCUCGGUUGAAGCCUUCAGCCACGAGGGCGUUGCACUGUUGGUUGCGCGGUGGUAACGCCUGCAGAAUGCUGCAGAGCAGUGGUGAGAAGUGAGGUUGACGAGCUGCGGUUUCUAGCGUCGAGGGGGCAUCGGUCGAUGGAUGUUAAGAACCGGCACCCUCCCGUCUCCUCUACAAACGCGCGCAUCGCGUAAAAGUUUUUAGUACGGCACGGUGUAUUUAAGUUGUGCGUCACGUGCUCCCAGGCAACUGUCUAACGCGGAUUUAGCAAUGAUCUAUAUUUGAAAUGUGCUGUAUAUAAAGCAGUGGUGAACGCUUUCGCUGCUGCUGCCGCUGCUGUUGAUGCUGCCAGAAUAGUUCGGUGUAAGCUUUGUAGGCAUUUUGUAUAAAUUCGUGACAAUUCGACUGCAGCAAAUUUAGAAAUCUUACCUGGUGAUUUUUGUAUUGAUUCGCAGCACCCCCUGUUUUCCGUUCUUGUGCAGCUUGGUGACGACACGGGGUUAUUCAUUGUGUAGCGUCGUCUAUUGGGCGCGAAGUGCGUGCAAGCCGGCUUCGGCAGAGAGAAACCCUCUUUCUACGGUCAAUUAGUUGUAGUUGGGGAAAAUACAGGUAUCUGUUAUUUUGUUAUUUUUAAAUGAAUGCCGUUUCAUUGCAGAUGUAUAGAAUGUUUGCGAACAUUGAGAGGAGCCCAGUCGAUGUUCCCAAGUCCGUUCGAUAGAUGUAUACCACACACCUUGUCUAUAUUUUUUUCGAUUUCAGAGAGAAUCAACUUUCGGGUGCAACUGCCAUCGCUUUAGCGUGGUGACCUGUAAAAAAUGAUUACCCGUCGUGUAUAUUAUCAAGCUCGUAUCAUAACAUGAAUAGUGGAGAUCGGAGAGAACAUGUCCGCGUGCAUUAUUUGUGCGCGCGCCGCAGCUACGUCGAAAACACUGUCGUCUCGAGCGCACUUAUCCGUUUCAGCGCAUCGAAAGUUCCCUCUGGAGAAUCAAAAUGGGCAAUGGCCGUGCGUUUUUGCUCCUGCGUGCGACUGUCUGACUGUGUGUGUGCACCGAGAUGCCCCUUUCAUUCGCAUAAAGCACACGGCCGCGCUUUCUCGAUGGCAGUGGCGCGUCAAUGUCGGCUCUUUAUUGUGGAAAUUCCAGGCGGGCGUGACUAUCGCCCGAUCCCGUAUAGCCAGCCGCAUGCGUGACGAAAAGCCCUCGCGUUUAUUUUCACCGGGUGCCCGGCUAAAGGGCCGGCCUCUCGAGAGCUCCCUAUCUUGCUAUCGUGCUUUGUCGGGGGCAGUUCUGAGUGUGUGUCUGUUCGCAAAAACGCGUGCGGUCAUAUAUAUAUAUAUAUAUCUAAUGACAAAUUGUCAUUAUUGACAAUUUGUACAAAAUGACAAAAUCAUCAUUUUGUCAAUCAUUUUGUCAUUAUUGACAAAAUGACAAUUUGUCAGUAUUAACCCCUGAUAUACAUACAUGCCCGCGCCGGUUGUCCGCGGCAGUGUUAGACCAGCACCACCCCCGGCAGCAGCACCACUGCCACGCGAGCAGGUCAGAUGCCUAGCGAUCUGGGUAUUUCAAUAUUAAAAUGGCGAAGGUGCUUUUCUCUUGGCGCGACCGCCGCGAUUUCCACGGUGGUCGAGAAGUUCGAUCCCGAUUGUCCACUGAGUCGGCUCUCCCCCAUCCUCUCCCCCCGCCAGACCUGCCCAGUUUUAUGUUCCUCUUUUGGUGUAGUUUGUAUCUUCGACCGUGAAACUACGACGGUAAUGUGUGUGUCGAGUGUCGGUGUGAGUGCCACGGAAAGCGCUAUAGUGUGCGCGUUCAUGUGGUUGUACGUCUACGUUUUCCUCCCCCUGCAGCAACCUUCCGAAGGAGCUUCAGCCGAUUCGCGCGCGGGAAUCGCCGUGGAAUCGCGUCGCCUGUACUUCGUUCACCGUGCAAACAACGUACGCUGGCACCUUCCGACGGGCUGCAAUCCGUAGCAGACGAGAAGGUUAGGGCUACGUGUAUGAAAAAUAAAACCAUUAUUCGUUGAGUCCGUUUAUGCCGAGUUGUAUACUGGCCAUGGUAAUCUCUGCUUUCAUCAGACGUGACUGGCAACGCUUGCCACGAUAGGCAGGCAGGCAGGCAGGCAGGCAGGCAGGCAGGCAGCCAAGUGCAGCGCGGAGCUGCCGAAGAGCGAACGAACGGAAAUGUAAACAAAAUUAUUAUUGUUUCUCUUUUAGUAUAAAUAGUCAAUUACAGUUAACGUUUAUUUCUCAUGAGCUGAUGAUUAUUGUCAUUCUCACUAUCAUUAAAUGAUUACAGUGGCAUAAAUA